CAGUUAGUCACCUAACCCGAGUGAAGCCACUUCCGGCCUUCUCUGGCGCCUUCCGGAGUUCUCUUCCGGGUGAUGGCGGCCGGUGCCCCGGAUGUAGCUCUGGCGAGAGUCUUUCUCUUUUUCUUCCCCCACGGCCUCCAGUGGAUCUUGAGUCCCGGGGGCCACCUGGCUGCCAGCUUCCCUUUCGGCCCCUCGUCGUGUGCUCCCUUUCCUCCCAAGCUGGAUCUAGAGCGUACCAGCGUGGGAAAGGCUCCUCCAUCCAGUCAUGCCCAAGAGGAAAGUGACCUUCCAAGGUGUGGGAGAUGAGGAUGAUGAGGAUGAAAUCAGUGUUCCCAAGAAGAAGCUGGUGGAUCCUGUGGCCGGGGCAGGGGGUCCUGGCAGCCGCUUCAAAGGCAAACACUCUCUGGACAGCGAUGAGGAGGAGGACGAUGACGAUGAAGGGUCCAGAAAAUAUGAUAUCCUGGCCUCAGAGGACGUGGAAGGUCAGGAAGCAGCCACGCUCCCCAGUGAGGGAGGUGUGCGGAUCACACCCUUCAAUCUCCAGGAAGAGAUGGAGGAAGGCCACUUUGAUGCUGAUGGCAACUACUUCCUGAACCGGGAUGCUCAGAUCCGAGACAGCUGGCUGGACAACAUUGACUGGGUGAAGAUCAGGGAGCGGCCGCCUGAUCAGCGCCCACCGUCAGACUCAGAGGAAGAGGACAGCCUUGGCCAGACACCAAUGAGUGCCCAAGCCCUUCUGGAGGGUCUUCUGGAGCUGCUGUUGCCAAGAGAGACAGUGGCUGGCGCGCUGAGGCGUCUGGGGGCCAGAGGAGGAGGCAAAGGGGGCAGCAAAGGGGGCGGGCGGCCCAGUUCCCCCCAGCGCUUGGAUCGGCUCUCUGGGUUGGCCGACCAGAUGGUGGCCCGGGGCAACCUUGGUGUGUAUCAGGAGACCAGGGAACGGUUAGCCAUGCGGCUGAAGGGGUUGGGGUCCCGGACCCAGGGACCCGCUGAGCCCACACCUCCACCCUCUCUGGACAUGUUUGCUGAAGAAGUGGCAGAGGGGGAGCUGGAGACCCCAACCCCUACGCAGAGGGGAGAAGCAGAGCUGCCAGGAGACGGACUGGUGGACGUGAUGUGGGAAUAUAAGUGGGAGAACACGGGGGAUGCUGAGCUGUACGGGCCCUUCACCAGCACCCAGAUGCAGCUCUGCUCUCUUUUCCUGCAGACCUGGGUGAAUGAAGGCUACUUCGCAGAUGGUGUUUAUUGCCGGAAGCUGGACCCUCCUGGCGGACAGUUCUACAACUCCAAACGCAUUGACUUUGACCUCUAUACCUGAGCCUGCCGAGGGCCCUGUUUGGUGGCCCCUUCUUUCCUGAACUCUCUGGAGGAGGCCCCAGCUGCCUCAGGCAUUGAGGACUUUAGGGGCCAUUUUUCAGUCAAUUUCCCUUUCCCAAUAAAAGCCUUUGGUUGUAUAUUAGGGCCUUGGCUGUGCUGAUGGCCAGAAGCCAAGGCCCUUCAUAACCCCUUUGGACUCAUCUCAUGAGUGGAGGUUUCUGGUUACUUGAACCAUUUCACCUUUGUUUAUCAUUCCUGGGGCAGAACCAGGGCUGACCGGUGGCCUUUGGAGCAUGCUCACCAUCUAAAACUCCCUUUCACUCACAUGCUGUCCUCCAGGAUUCCCAGAGGGGACUCCUAUUUUGCUAUUCUUAGGUCUUUGGUUUUUAGAACCUGAGUCUGUCUUUGCAGCCAGUGUAGGGAGAACACCAUAAGCGGAGAUUUUAGGCCUUGGGGGCUGGGACAUCUGUUUGGGGGUGGGGAGUGUAGGAAGCCUGGUAUCCACUGACUCCCCACUGUCUCUGGCCCCUUAGGGGAAGUGCAUACUCAGUGCUGGCACUUGAAAGCCCCUUCAAGACCACCUGGGCCAACCACUGACCUGGCACAAAGAGGAGCAGCGCCUCCCUGGAGCUCACACAGUGGAUCAGAGAGCUGGCCCAGACCCAGCGGGCUUCUUUCCCAGACCUUUCUUGGGACCCUUGAAGUCCUCUGAAAUUCACGUUUCCUGAGCUCCCAGUGUGCACGGGCGAGUGCCGUGAAGGACUGGAUUACUGGACAACUCUUCCAGGAAUUCAGAUUCUGGAGGGUGUGGUUGGGAGGGAGACCAGUAUAAUUGUGUUGUCUGGACCUAGCACCCCUCACCUCUCACCAGUGCUGCCUUCUGCCUCUUCUUGUACCAAGUUAGGUCGAACCCUCUACUUCUCUAACUUAGCUGGCCAUUGGAGUCUCGGGGGAGCUGUAAAAUUACUCAAAUUCUAAAUGAGUUCAUCUAGAUCGUGGCUCAGGGGUCGGGGCUUUUUGAGAAGCUCUCAGGUGAUUCCAGUGUGUGGAUAGGUGGAGAACCGGUGGGCAGGAGUCUGGGGACUGAGGUUACACCUGGUGGGGCCACUUCCCAGACCCUGCUGGGGUGGCAGAGCUGGGCAGAUGUGGCCGGGGCUCUGCUGUUCUGUCACAGGAUUGCUGAGCACCAGGGCCCCAGGUGGAAGGAGCCAGGAUUGGAAGUAGAAAAGACGGCAGGGUCAGGAUACUCUGCUCUAGUGAGGCCUCCAACUUCUGUAUUAAUUGGGUACAUGCCAGUGCCAGCCCAGACUUGGUAGUCAUUGAUUCCAAAAGGCCUUCCGUUGUAAGAAGUCUUUAUGUGUCAUUAAGAAAACCCUGCCAAUUGCAUUUGUAAGAUGUCAUUGAUUAUAAGGUGCAUUUUGAUUUCAGAAGUGAAAAGCAAUAUAGCUGGACACGUUUAUCAUCCCCAGGACUGAUUGACUCAUGGGAGGUGUUUACUGUUGGGUGAAUAGAUGAAAGCCAAAGGGGCGGUUCCCUUGGAUGUACCACUGGCACCUCAGGCUCCAUCUAUCCAGAUCCCACCCCAUCUACCCCUCCCAGUGUCCUCCUCUGGUCACCUCCCUGAUGAAUGGUCCCCCAGUGAUGUCUGUGUCCUCAGCAAAAUCUGUGAAUAUCAUACCCUACCUGGCAAAAGAGACUUUGCAGAUGUGAUUGAACUAAUGACUGAGGUGGGGAGUGGGGCGUGCUCUCCUGGAUUAUAGAGGUGGGUGGGCCCAAUGUCAUCACAAAGGCCCCUUAAAGUGAAAGAGAGGAGGGUCCUAUGCCAAGGAAUGCAGUGGCCUAUAGAAGCCGGAUUAGGCAAGCAGACAGCCUCCCAGAGCUGCUACAGAGAAAAGGCAGCCCCACUGAGGAUCUGAAUCCAGUGAAAACCAUUGUGGACUUCUGACCUCUAGAAUCGAAUAAAGUUGUGUUGUUUCAAGCCA